CAAACCACGACCUUACAACUACAUCCAACCAUCCCACAUCAAAAUGACCGACCCCGACGCCGAAGUUCACUGGUUCAAGCUGUUGAACAACAGCAAAAAGGAUCGGAAUUAUAUCAUGUUCGCACCUCCUCCCGACCAUAACGAUGAAGAUUUCCAGACUCCGGUUUGGGUGUCUAGUUUUGUUGAACAUCAUGAUCAUUGGGAUGUUCAUACCGCUGGGCCUAUUUAUGCGUUCGUCGGACGACAAUACGGAGAUACCAAGACCGGACGGGUGGAAGUCGAAAACGCUGUAGUGGCGUGGAUAGAAGAUGAUUCGGAGCCACCGGUCUUCGACCUCUCAAUCACCUCCAACGGCACCCCCACCUUAGAACAAACCCAAGCAAAAUCCCCCACCCCCGGUGCAUUCAUCGUGAAAACCGGGCCCGACUUUCCCGAGACAGACGCAGACGGCAACGCUUACGUGGUCGGCUUUGGAAAGACAGAUGGUUCGACUAAGAAAGUUGCAGCGUGUGCAUCUAGAGUGGCGAAAAAAGACCAAAGCAUCACUGUAAAGCCCGUGGUACAGCUGCAUUUCUUCCCCAGUGAUGCCAAGCCCGGCGACUUUAUCAACUAUAAGAAAAUUGUUGAGGCCGGUACAGGACAUGUUGAUUUUUCGGAUCAUUUGGAUGCGACAUUAUGCUAUGCGCUUCAUAAACCGAGGGAUGAAGAUCGGGUUUUUGCGGAGUGGACAUUGGGGUAUACGAAGGAGCCGCCUGUUUAG